UUGUAGGAUGAGAACAAUCGGUGGUAUUUUUUUGUGUACCUGCUUAAUUUGUUUUGUAAAAACAUUGCCUCGAAAUUUGAUCAAAUAACUAAUGUUAUGUCCGGUGAUUUUGAGUUAAAAAUAUUAGAAGGUUACAAGUUAAUAAGAAUACAUAAUCAUUUAUUUCUAUGAACUCGAAAAGUGAAACUGACGAAGCUUCAAGGGGGAGCGAAGCGUCAUCGUCAAACAAUAGUUCAACCCCAAGUAAUUCCAAGAACCAACCACCAGUAGGUUUAUGCGCCGGAUCAGGCUCAAACAAUCCUCACAUUAUGAAACGAGCUGCUGCGAGACAAUUAAUUGAAAGAUAUUUUUAUCAGUUGUUGGAUGGCUGCGGCAAUCCUAAUUGUGACAACAAAUAUUGUGCUUCAAGUGGAGAGGCAAGAAAUUUGACACCAAAUGAAGCGGCAGCAGAGGCAAUCAAACUAUUCUAUAAAGAGGCUCGUCUUUGUGACACCUUACCUAACAAAGUUCCAAGGACUGAAGCAAGUACUUGUGAUUCCAGUGCUAGUGCAACUUGUACAAAUUCUAACGUAAAAGGCAAAUCAAGUGUAGAGAGUAAACAAUCAGAUUCAGCAUCGUGCAGUGUAUCACCGACAGACAACAAGAAAGAUAAACCUGAAACUAGUCAUAAUUUAACCCACGAAGAAAAAGAAAAUGUAAUUUAUGAUAAUGGUUCAAUGUUAACUGAAGAACGUAUAUAUGAGUUAUGUGAUGAGUGUCUUCAGACGAAAAAUCCAGAGCCCUUAAUUAGAGCACUAGGUGAAGCGUUCACACAGCCCACGAUACUAUCAAAAUGUUUUCAAAGAAAAAUAAUUGAAAGGGACAGUGGCAAUAAAGGAGAGAAAAAAUCAGAUAAAGAAUCAGAGGCAAUGUGUUCUUCAAGCGAUCCAGAUAAAGAUGUGGACAGUGUUAUGGGACCGGGCUUAGAUGUAGCUUCGUGUCAGAGAGCCUUGCAGUACCUUACCAAAGUGCCAUCGGAAUACUAUAGUUCAGCAUUUGUGAUAGCGCUCACAACACUGGCAGAGAAUAUAGAAAUAGAUCUGCGGAUAACAAAGAAUUUGAGUAUGGAUGAUAUAGUCUACUGUUUCGUCAUAGCCUUCGAGGUACCAGACCUUGGCUGCAGUGAUUACUUGGAGAUUGCAUUGCCAGCAAUGUGCCAUGCCGCUCAGCAUUUGUCUGUCAAAGCUCAAGCUAAACUAGCGCGCCUGUGGGGACAACACUGCAAAGAAAGCCUCCGACACAUAUUAGAAACCAUCCAACAGCUCAUCACACUCAGAGUUAUAUCAACAAACUAUUCUAGAACCUUUCAAGUUCAAGAUGACGAUAGUGUGACUAUGGCCACGAAACUUAUGAAGAUAGUGUACUAUGCCAAUAUGUUAGCGGGUGUGAUGGAACCAAGCUCGCUACGAGAGGAGCCAGUUGUUAUAGCCAGUCAGUUAGACCCUUUAGGCGAUGCUUUAGAUCACUUAUAUCCUUUGUCAUCAAUCAAGAGCUUUAAAGAGGCACAGCAAGAAGAUCCUUUAGCUAUCGAAUUAGAUGUAAAUGUAUUAGACGUUAGGAAACCUUAUUUGCCAUUUGAGGAGUUUUAUAAUGAACCUCUUAGUGAUACUAUAGAAAUGGAUAUAGAUUUAGCUAAUUGUAAAACUGAAGUAGCAAAUGGCCGCAAGUUCUCGUUCCUGAAGUACCCGUUCGUGCUGACGGCGGCCACCAAGUCGCUGGGCCUGUACUACGAGAACCGCAUCCGCAUGUUCUCGGAGCGGCGCGUGUCGCUGCUGCACGCCGUGGUGGGCGCCGCCCCCCCCAUGCCCUUCCUGCGCCUCAAGGUGCGCCGCUCGCACCUCAUCGACGACGCACUCGUCGAGCUCGAGAUGAUAGCGAUGGAGCGAGCGCUGGACCUGAAGAAGCAGCUGGUGGUAGAGUUCGAGGGCGAGCAGGGAGUGGACGAGGGCGGCGUCAGCAAGGAGUUUUUCCAACUUGUCGUGGAACAGAUCUUCAACGCGGACUACGGCAUGUUCACACACAGGGCUGACUCACAGACGGUCUGGUUUAACCCCACAUCAUUUGAAACAGAGGCUCAGUUCACACUAAUCGGAAUAGUAUUAGGACUCGCAAUAUAUAACAAUAUUAUAUUAGCUGUUAAUUUCCCCAUGGUCGUGUACAGAAAAUUAAUGGGCAGGAAAGGAUCCUUCGAAGACUUGGCUGACUGGAAUUUGACCUUAUAUAACGGCUUAAAAGACAUGUUAAAUUACACGGGUAGUGAUUUAGAAGAAGUGUACUAUCAGACAUUUAGGAUAUGCUAUACAGAUGUAUUCGGCAGUAAUAUAUUUCAUGAUCUGAAAGAGAAUGGCGAUGAUAUAUUUGUUACACAAGAUAAUAAACAGGAAUUCGUAGAACUAUACGCAGAUUUUUUACUAAACAAGUCAGUGGAGACACAGUUCAAGGCGUUCAGACGGGGCUUCGCCAUGGUGACCGACGAGAGCCAGCUCGGGACGUUGUUCCGGCCGGAGGAGGUCGAGAUGCUGGUGUGCGGCAGCAAGAAUUUCGACUUCAAUGAAUUAGAAAAAUCGACGGAAUACGACGGUGGUUACACGCCCGAUUCACAGACCAUAAAAGAUUUCUGGAGCAUCGUUCACAGUUUGUCAUUAGAAGACAAGCGAAAGCUGCUACAGUUUACCACGGGCUCCGACAGAGUGCCUGUGGGCGGCUUGAGUCACUUGAAACUAGUUAUAGCCAGAAACGGACCCGACUGCGACCGGUUACCGGCGGCUCACACCUGUUUUAACGUUCUUCUGCUACCCGAAUACGACAGCAAAGAGAAAUUACAAGACAGACUGAUGAAAGCGAUUAGUUACUCCAAAGGCUUCGGUUUACUUUAAACUUUCGCUUAAGCCCUGAACAAAACAGUAAAUGCCUAUUGUUGUAAUGCCACUUUUUGGCAGAUCUGUAUCAUUAAUGAAUAAAGUUUGUUUUAU